CCGGCUGCGCGCCUUCGCUCAGCUCCCAGGCUCCGCCAGCCCGUCUGUCAGGCCGUCUGUCCGUCAGCCCGUCCGUCUGUCCUGGCGCGCAACCGCUGGCCACCGGCUUGGAUGGACACGCGGAGGCUGCCCGGGGGUCCAAGGGUCUUGCUUCCGAAGUUGGUCCUGCUCUUUGUCUGCGCAGCUGAUUGCCUUGCUCAGUGUGGCAAAGACUGUAGAUCAUACUGCUGUGAUGGAACCACACCCUACUGUUGCUCCUACUAUGCCUAUAUUGGGAAUAUCCUUUCGGGCACAGCGAUCGCUGGCAUCGUGUUUGGAAUCGUGUUCAUCAUGGGGGUCAUUGCCGGAAUUGCCAUAUGCAUCUGCAUGUGCAUGAAAAACAACCGCGGAACCCGUGUGGGCGUCAUCAGGGCUACCCACAUCAAUGCCAUCUCCUCCUAUCCUGCAGCUCCGCCACCCUACAGUUACGACCAGGAGAUGGAGUACUGCACGGAUUUACCUCCGCCCUACACACCAACGCCACAGGCGUCAGCCCAGCGUUCUCCACCUCCUCCUUAUCCAGGAAAUCCAAGGAAAUGAUUCUUCUUCCAGAGUAGUGUGUGUGCAAACCAGAGAUCUUACCCAGAAUAAAGUUCCUCUACUCAGAAGCAGAUAGCGAAGGAGUGCUCUAAGGAAUACUUGUUUAGAACUCAAAUGGAACAUCCAGACUGAGAGAUAUGGGGUUUCGCCUCGACACAGAGCUAACACCCUCUGGAGUGUGAUGUUCUUGGUUUGACGGGAUCACAUUCGAAGAGAUCUGCUGAUCAGCCUAAACACAUUCAAGGAAGAGUAAUGAUAUAGACACAGCUUCUUUAACUCAUAUUGCCUAGUAAACAGAUGAAGAAAAGUGCAAUAUUGAUCCUGGGAAAGAAGAUUAUGUACAAGAGAACAGUGUGGACUACAUAAAGAAACAGCUCUAUUCUGUAUAGCUUUAAAAUUCAGAAUCGGGGCUGUUCUUUCAUUUGUCAGUACAUACCAAAGAACCUGUUCUGUGCCUUACACUAUUUUGAAAUUCCGGUUAGUGGGUACAGGAAGGGAUCUUCAUUUCCAUACAUUGAUCUUUCUUAUUGACAUUGCUUUGUCAAACUCCCUGUUACCAAGACCACACACAGAACCUGGCUGACUACCUGGUGGGAGGCAUGUUCUAGAAAGAAUCAAAUGUAGAUGGACUCCAAAAUUUCUACUCAUGAGUUAGGUAGGUGACAGAUAAAUUUCUGUGCCUCUAAGAAAGGAAGUAGGAGGAGGAAGUGAGUCUUAUCUAUUUAAUUUAUGAGGUGAAAUAGGAUCAGUGGUUCCUCAAGGUGCUUGAAGUCAAGAACCCUUCAAGACUACUUGCUGUUACCUAAACUUAUUUUACUUUAUUAUGACAAAGUUUAACUCAAAUGUCGGGGGAAAUUGUAGCAAGUUCUCUAAGCAAAAAAAUAAAAAAAAAACCUCAAACAUUAAAUGACAAGAAGCUAAAUAUUCCCAAAUAUUUACUCAGGGAGUAAAAAUCUCCAAAUGUGAGGGUGAAGACACAGUAAUUUACAAAAAGAGGAAAAACCGAAUAUCAGAUUCCCUUCCAUGCAAUUCCCUUCCGUGCAAUUCCCAUUCCCGUUCCCAUGUGGUUUAGACAAAGUCCUAUUUCUCUUUCAUAAUAUUUUUGAUAAUCUAUUCCCUUGAAAAAGCUGUACGUGGGAAAUUUAAGAUUGUGACAUCAAGCAUUUGCCUUUGCCAAAACUGGGGUUUCAUGAAGGGCCUCCCUUUAGGUGUAAAAGUUUUUAAUAAAAAUUCUAAUGUGCCAUAUUUUGCUACAAGAAACCUAAACAUCUAUAUUUUAUGUGCAUUCUUUCAUGCAUUUAAGAUUUUACAAUGAGCAAAUAUUGGGGAUCAGUGACCACAUAUUUUGUCACUUGGCAAUUAAAAUGCAUCAGCAGCAUAAUUUGAUAAAAUCCCACAAUAAUGCUUAAAUUUUUGCUGGAUAAUACAAUCAAAUGUCCUAAGUUAUAAAUUAUAUUCCCUGUAUUCAUAGUUAAAGAACUAAGCAUUUAAUAAAAGUAGCAUAUUUUAUUUUCAAAUACAGUGAUCCAAAUGAAAUAUGAUCUAACAUUACCAGUGAGCUCGGAAAACUAAAUACGCUUUGAAUGAUUUGCUUAAUUUUGAGGCACCAGUGAUUUCCUUACUUAUGAAAGCAUGAAAUGAUCAUGAGUUCCAGCCUAUUCUAGUAACUGAUUUUAGCACCAUUUUAACAGUACAAAUGAUUGAAUUUAUCUCUUUUUUGCAAGUGUGAUCAGACCCAGUUAUAUUGCAGCUCUGUGACCCAAAGUGCCAGGAUCUCCAGCUUCCAGAAUGUUGGUUGCAAAUGUACCAUAAAUUCUGUAUGAAAAAAAGUGAAGAGGAACAUUGAAAGAAAAAAUGGAAAGGUUGGAAAUUGAAUUUUCGUCAUCUGCACCUUCGAUAAACAUUUACUGUAUACCUUCUAUGUCCUGCAAUCAUUACCCAUAUCAGAGCCAUUUCAGUCCACGCCAUCUCUCUGAGUUACCUUAUGACCUCCCUUAAGGCAUAGCACAAACCCACAGGCCUACAAUAGAUGAGUCUUUUUCCUAUUUGUAUUUAGUGUCACAAUAGCAUAAAUGUGCACAUUAUCAGUAUAGUUUUUGGAGUUCACUGAUUAUUUUCAUAAAUGAUACAUCUUGGGGGGGGAAUGGUAUAUGGUGUGGAAGCUUUGAAUUAUGGUUAUUUAAAAACUAAUGUAUUUGCUGCAGCCAAAGUGUUUACAGU